CCAUUUUCUCCCUUCGUUCAGCUUCGCUUUUCUUCUUCCCAGAGGAUUCGUAUAUAAAAGCCGCUGAAUCUGCGAGUUAGGGCUCUCAAAGACGAUGAAUUUGGGGCUAUUUUCCAGCAUGAAGAGACUAAGAUCGAGCGACGACCUUGAUUCCUGCCAUGAUAAGAAUGUUGGCAGAGAAACCUCCAACUCCGACCGCCCGGCUUCUUCCUCCCACCGGCCUUUCUUCCACAAGUCCUCCUCCGGCAAGGGUCCUAUCUCGCCCUCUAGAUACGACCGUAACCGUCAGCCUUUCAUGUCUGGCGACGAUGUUGGCUACUCGAGGGGUUUGUCCCGUAGGCGAUCCGACCGCGACUUUGAUGGUGGCUUUGAUAGUAGACGGAAAGAUAUGGAUCCUCGCUACAGAGAGGACAGGCUUUAUCGAUCUGAAAGCGCUUGUUUCGCGAGGAGGGACUUUCCCAAAGGAUCCCGUUCUGAGAGAGAUAGGCCGAGAAGGGAAGGAAAUGUUUCCUCCUGGAGAAGGUUUGGUGGUCGAGUGAAGGAAUUCGGCCUCGAAGAGAGGGAAAGAGCGGGUUUCAGUUUGCGAUUGAGGGAUGGAUGUGCGGAAUCAAAGGAUUCAAGGAACUCCCGCUCCAAGUCUAAGCCCUUGGCUUCUUCUUCAUGGUCUAAGGAUUCGGGGAGUGAGCAGUCAAAAAGUGUUGGAAAUGUUGCCAGAAAGAGCGAGGAGGAGGUACAGGGCAAGAGUGGUGGACGUAGUAGCGAGAUGGAGGAAGGGGAGCUGGAGCCUGAGCCCCAUCCUCAGACCGCAUCAGGUGCUUCCCUGACCAGCAAUCACGUUAGAGACGAGGAAUCUAUCAGGCUUUCUAAUGAUCACAGGGAAACAGAGAUUCAGAGUACUCACCGAGAAAUCAGGAAGGACAGUGAGUUUGAUGAUAACAUAGGGGAAGCCAAAACUGAAAAUAAUCACGGGGAACUUGAACUUGAGAACAGUGAGAAGAAAAUGGACGAGGCUCGGGAUUCGGGGGAUGGUACAAGUGUUGAGAAAGUGGAAGAUGUGCCAAAACAAGUUGCUGAGCUGCAUGCUUCUGAGAACAGUGUGAAUGAUAGUGCUACGAUUUUGGUGAGUAACCAAACUGGAGAUUGUAGAGAUACUGUCUAUGAAAAGAAGACCAGGGAUAUGAUUGAUGAUGAAGGUGAGGGCGGAAAGGAGAAUGAUAAACUCAAAUUGGAAGGAAACACACUAUUGGCCGUUGCCAAACAGUUUGACACAGAAGAACCCAAGCAUGAAAAGAGUAGUGAUCUUGAUGUCAACGGAGCGAAAGCCGAAGCACCAAAAUGUGAUGAAGAAACUGAACAGGCAAAUAGAACGGAUACGGAGUACAUAAACAUGGUAUCGGUGUGCUCUGCCCAGAUAUGCAAAGAUAAAGGAAAAAGCGUGGCUGUCACACCUCUUGAUUCUAUUGGGAAUGGAGCUCUAUCUGAAGGAAAAUAUGGGAACUUUGCUAACAGGAAUCAGAAUGAAGAUGGCAAUUUGGAAGGACCAAGUGUUAGAGGGUUUGAACUCUUUUCCAGCUCUCCGGUUAGAAAGUCAGGCAAAACCAAGCAUUCUGAUCUUAAGAAACCAAAAGAUGAGAAGCUACUGCUGGAGCCACUGGAUCUGUCUCUUGGUCUACCAGAUGUAUUGUUGCCGAUGGGUGGCCAAGAUAUUAGUCAGACUCCUGGUUCUCCAGUCUGCUCUAGAAGCGUUCGGUCCUUGACGAACACAUUUUGUACCGAUUCUGAAUGCUUCACCUUGUCGAUGUCCUUCUCAGGUUCCCACUCCUUUCAUCAUAAUCCAAGUUGUUCAUUGAAUCAGAAUGCUGCGGAUAAUGAUCAGUCAGUUCACAGCCGACCUAUAUUUCAGGGUGUUGAUUGGCAAGCACUAUCUCAUAAUGAUUCAAAUAACAAAGAAAGUCAAAUCUAUCAAAGACUAAUGGAAAAUGGAAAUGGCUCCAUUAAACCUCAAGCACUGAAAGGUGUAUCAGAUUCUGCUCAAGUUGCGGAAGGACGUAUUAGGAUAGCAGCUGGAAGCUGUAAGGGAGCUAAUGUACUCGAGAAGCAGUUGAGUUUCCAGAAGUGUGUUGAUGUUAGAUCACCGUGUCCGAGUAUGGGUUCUAAGGAAAAUGGUUCAAAGUUAAAUUUUGAGAAGGAGAAAUCCAAGGAGAUGAUUGGUGGUAGCAUAUCCUUGAUAAGUAGUAGCCUGAGAACUGGUGGGGAUGAUUUUGUUGAGACUGUCAUCGGCUACAUUCUUUCUGACUCCAUGCAUGUAAUGGCCAAGAAAUUUAAUGAGAUGCCUGUGCGAUACAUUAGUAGCUUGAAGGAAAGCAUUCGGCAGAUGAUGCUAAACAUGGAUAAGCAUGUAAAACUCCAUGCUUUUCAAGAUGCACUGCAGAACAGGACUGAUAUAACAUUGGAGUUGCUCAAAAAAUCCCAUCGCGCUCAGUUGGAGAUCUUGGUCUCGCUGAAAACUGGAUGCCCCGAAUUCCUUCAGUUGGACAAUGGCCUCUCUUCCUCUGAUUUAGCUGAGAUCUUCAUGAACUUGAGGUGCAAAAAUCUUAAUUGUAGGAGUCUUGUACCUGUUGAUGAGUGUGAUUGCAGGGUUUGUUCAAGGAAGGAUGGGUUUUGCAGUGCUUGUAUGUGCCUUGUGUGCUCGAGUUUUGACAUGGCAUCUAACACUUGUAGCUGGGUUGGUUGCGAUGUUUGUCUUCACUGGUGCCACACUGAUUGCGGGCUACGGGAAUCUUUCAUCCGGAAUGGGAACAGCCCGUCUGGCACCCAAGGGAAGACCGAGAUGCAAUUCCAUUGUGUAGCCUGUGACCAUCCCUCGGAGAUGUUCGGCUUCGUGAAAGAAGUGUUUCAGAAUUUUGCCAGGGAAUGGAAACUCGAAAGAUUUUGCAAGGAACUUGAGUAUAUCAAGAGGAUAUUUUCAGCAAGCAAAGACUUCAGAGGGAAGUGGUUGCAUGAAGCUGCUGAUCUAAUGCUGGCGAGCGUAACAAGUAAAUCUGUAGGCCUUUCUGAAGCCUGCAAUCGAAUACUGAGUUUCCUGUCAGAUUUCGAUUCCUCCAACUUGGGUGAAGCUCCUGCCCCAAUCAGAAAUGAUCAGUCAAAAAGCAGCCAUGGGAUGGCUGGCUCUAGUCAGGACAACUUGUGGCUCAGACCCAUGUGCUUAUUAGAUAAACCCCACCACCAGAAAAGACCCUCAAAGCGAGCCGAGGCCUGUCCUGUGGAGUCAGAUGUCGAGAGAAAGGAACUUCUUUUCGAGGAACUGGAGAGCAUUGUGAGAAUAAAGCAAGCAGAGGCAGAGAUGUUCCAAGCACGUGCGGAUGAUGCAAGAAGAGAAGCAGAGAGCUUAAAACGGAUUGCAAUAGCAAAGAAGGAAAAGGUAGAGGAGGAGUACAUGAGCAGGAUCAUGAAGUUGAGUAUGGGUGAGGCAGAGGAGGCGCGGAGUAAGAAACAUGAGGAGUUCCAGACAAUGGAGAGAGCUCAUAGAGAUUAUCUGGAGAUGAAGUUGAGGAUGGAAGAAGAGAUCAAAGGCCUUCUUAUGAAAAUGGAAGACACGAAGCGGAGUCUGGCCUUGUGAUUUUGAGAUUGAGAUCAUCCUCUCCUCUUAGGAGUUGUGUCUUUUCUUGCAACUCAAUUUUAUCAUCAUCAGAUCAGAAGCAAUCUUGUUUGUAGAGACACUAAUGUAUGUAUACAUACACACCCCAGCUCGGGUCGUUCCCUUAUCUCUCCAUCUGUAAGAUCAGGUUCAGGUUGUUUUA